AAACACUUGUCUUUGGUGCCGCACACUUCAGCCAUACUUUGGGUGGGUUCCAAACAGUUUGGGUCUUCAGAACUGUCGCAGAUGAAACAAAAUAGGCCUUUUUCAUCAAAAUUUACUAAAACAAUAUUUGUGAAGUUUAUUAGAGUGUUAUUUUAUAAUUAUAAUAAUUACCAUCGUAUGCAAAGUUGUUGCCAAAAAGGCUUAUAACUGCUACUAGGAAGUAAAAAUUGAACAUUUUUGGGGUAUUAUUUGCCACAAACUGACUCAAUAAGUUGGCAUUGGAUUUGAUUUUAAAUAAAGUUAGUUGUGGUAAAAUUAAUAUUCAUACUUGUGGUUUAUUGAUACGAACAUCUGAAAUAAAACUGUAACAAAGACAAAAGAAUAAAAAUGUCGCUUAUAUUAAAUAUUCAGUGCAUUUUAACGAAAAAUUAAUUAUUGAAAGAAAUAUUACUAAAGUUAGCCACACAAUUACUUCUGUAAACGAUUAACAGAGUUUUUUUGUUUAUUCCUAAACGUCUGUAAAAGUUUGUAGGAGCUCUUUAACGUUAAAUUGAACAUGUUCUUUUAUAUAGGGAGAUACGGAAGGAAUUGAAAUCAGAAGAAGAACCCCUCUACUCGAGUGAGAAGAAGUAGAUAAUGGAAAAAGCGUUGGACGAUGAAACAAGAAGAAUUAAUUUCCGAUUACCUAUAACUAACAUGAAAUGAUAUUCAGCGCCUUAUUACAACAAGUAUAUCUAAUAUACCUACGAGAAUGCUUAAUAAAUUAGCUUAUUUAUUGGCUUUCCUGGCUUUGAUUCAAGUUGGUAAGGGUGUCGGAAGAAAAUGUUACAGUUGCUUCAAUGAUACCUGCCACGACAAACACAAAUGGGUAGAAUCGGAGGCUUGCGGUAAUUCCCUGGACCAAGAUAAAGCAGUGGGAGUUUGCCUGAGCGAAGUUUACAAAGAUAAAACCACUCACAAGGACGUUACGAUGAAAAAAUGCGUAACCGCAGACAAACUCCACGGAAAACCGUUCUACAAUUGCAGCGAUACCAGUAACGAAGGCCACAAAGUGGAACUCUGUAACAUUUGCUACGAUAAGGACCUUUGCAAUUCGGCCAGUGCAUUUGGUUUUGGCAUUAUCUUGCCUGUGACAUUUAUUGUUUAUGCUAUUUGUAGAUUUGUAUAACGAUUACAUUGAAAAAUUAUAAUUAUUUCAAAUAGAUUCGCUCAAAUCCU